AUGUUGGGUCGAACGCUGGCUCGGCUUUCCCCACUGCUCCUGCUCUCACAGGCAGUCGGCGCGCUCGAGUCUCCGCCAGUCCAAGUCUCCUUGCGCACAUCAUGGCCCGCUCCCCCCCUUCUCUUGGAAUUGAUUGAAACGGCUGCACAAGCAAAACCCGACCGCUUCUUUGAAAUUGCCGCACUUCUGUCACAUCUCGGCCCGCUCGACGACCACAGCCCAGAACAGAAGUACACUUCCGCGAUCAGGGAACUCAAAGUGAACCAAAUACUUGAGAGAGAUGUUGACACGAAGAUGUUCGAAUUGGAGAUGGCGAUGCACAGGAUGAACCCCUUGAUCAUGGCGCAUUUCCAAGCCGAUGCUGGGGCGCAACCUGUGGCAGGAUGUGAGAGUUGGAUUGAAUGGGGCGAGGAGAGGAUAUGUGAUAUGGAAAAGCUGAGGGAAUUCGUACGGAAACAGGAAUGGCCUUCGGCCCCACAAGUAUUUCCCUUUGACCAUAUCCACGAGCAUGAUGAGAUCGUACCUCAUGCGACGAUACUUCAUCACGCCAACCCGCAUACGACCUUCUUCGCUUCGGCACACAUGUAUCUUUCCAGCAUUCCCCACAUAAGAUACGUACUGCGCUGGACCCCGCCUGUCGCGCCAGCCUCAGAUCCUGCUUAUCUUUCUGGAUGGGGUGUUGCCCUUGACCUCAAGAAAACCGAAUAUUCGGCGUUGGACGACCGACUAGGAAAGUCAUCGGGCUCUGAUUCUUCCAAACCCAGGGAAGAGUCAGAUGAGCUCCGUCUCAUCCACCAUCUCAUUGAGGAAUAUCUGGGAACUGACAACAAGCGCGAAGAAUCCAAAUCCGAGGAAAACAAUGAUGGCAGGAAAGACUUUACCACACCGUUGACAGAAGAGGAGCAAUUAGCACUGCCUUUACAAAUAACCCAACUGAUAUUGUCUGCGGAGGACAAGCUCGGAGCUCUUGCAUCCAUUUCUCAGUCCUUCCCCACCUUAGCCCCUAUAAUCGCUCGUUCUAUGCCUCCUCCAGAUCCAUUGAGCUACGAGCCACAGCUCACCCCUGGAUUCUCGGCUAUCUGGCUUAACGGAGCGUCUCUUUCACCCAACGACUUUAGCGAACUAGGGCUUCCACGCAAGUUGCGGAAGGAGACCAGCCUCAUCAAUUCCAUUGCGCGUCUCGGACUGACAGACGUACAAGCUACUGUCGUGUUGGCGAAUGCUUCCAUGCCGGGUCAGACUGGCGAAGACUCCGUGACAGAAGGGCGGAUCGAUAUCAGGGAGGCAGAAGACGAGCAGGACGCCAUCGUCUGGUGGAACAAUGUCGCCAAGGAUCAGCGGUACAAAAAAUACGGGUCGAGUCUUCUAGGACUGCUUCGGCCCGUCUAUCCAGGAUCUUUCCACCCAGUCGCACGAAACAUCUACAACGCCCUACUUUAUGUAGACUACGCCAACUCCGAGUCUGUCCAAGUCAUUGCUGGCUACGUUGGCCCGUUGAUCCAACGAAAUGUGCCAAUCCGAUUCGCUACUGUUCCUGCCGGUGAUGGCGAUUCUAAGAAAUUCGCACAUGUCAUCAACUACCUGAUCAAGACUUACGGACGUGCUGCCGCCAUGAAGUUCUUUACCGCUCUGGCUACCGAUCCCGUGGCGACAAGGGAGGGGAAUAUUCCUCUUACCGCAAUUAGGAGAGUAUAUAAUUCCUGGAUGACCUCUGCCCAGCUGCCGCACAUCGAAGGGACGGAGAUCAAGCCUUGGGAGAUCAUUGUUGAGUCACCCGAUGAGAUCGCUGAGGCUGCUGAGAGGUGGGCAAAGCGCCUUGGGAUCUAUGGCGAGUCUGGCGGAUUUGUUAACGGCAAAUGGAUACCGUUUGAUGACACAUUCCUCAUAAAGAUGCAGACCGAGACCAGUCGCUGUUUACAACAUCUUCAGGAACAGCUGUACUACGGUCGCAUGAACGAUCUGGAAGACAUUGAGACAUACUUUUAUCGAUUACCAGGAUCGAUAAAGCGAGUCAGCCGUUAUGUCCAUCCAUCCACAGAUCGUCCCUUGAAGUUUAUGGAUUUGAGUGAGGUGUUCCUUCAAGCCGGUUGGAAUAGUCGCUGGAUAUGGCCCACGGGGCACGAGGAUGUACCGGUAUCCAUCUGGGUUGUAGCAGACUUCUCGACAGCUGUUGGCUCACAUCUGCUCCGCGAAACCUUGGACGCAUUGCAAAGCGAUUCACGCUUCCGCCUGUCCUUUAUACCCUCCACUGCUGCACACCAGUUCCCUGAUGCCGCAGAAGCCAUGUCUUUAACUGAACUAUUAUAUCGGCUCACCCUGACGAAUAAGCUGUCCUCUGUGACACCGGAAGAAUUACAAAACCUCAUCGCACACGGCAGCCAUCCAGAACUCCAUGAGAUGAUGGACGAUUCACAGCGUCUGUUGUUGCAGCAGGCCAUAGAAAAUGCCGAUGAGUUCAAGGCCUGGCUAACAAAGGGUGCUAGUGUGGCAAAGUUGUUUGGUCUAAGUGAUGACCGGAGUGGUAUAAUUGUGAACGGCAGGAUCAUCCCCGUGAGCGGUGAAGACCUUGCUGCAGCAGAUGUACAAGCAAUUGUCGGCUUCGAGCUUCUGAAGAGGGUGUCGCCCGUUAUCACCGGAAUGGAAAAACUCUGGACCGCCGCAGGAAGCCCUUUCGACCGGCGAUCUUAUGCGGAUAUAGUGGCAUACGUGUCAUCCAUAACAUCGUCGGUACAGGCGCCCGAUCCAUCCGCGGGAAUGCUCCAAACCACAGUACCACAAAGGAGUGUAUUGUACAAAGAUAUUACCAAAGGGUACAGUUAUUUCACUAUUGGGGACGAGACAAGUGCAAUACAUCGCUUCGGUGUCAUUCUGGAUCCGCUCACCGAGCAAGCCCAGCGCUGGUCAGGCCUCUUGAAGUGGCUCCAAAGUCUGGAUACUGUGUAUGUGGAGAUCAUUCUCAAUCCACGCGCAGAUGGAUCAGCUGCGCCUCUUAAAUCAUAUUAUAAGUCUGUUCUUCCAUUCCAGCUUGCAUUUGAUGAUAAUGGGCAAGAGAAGAAACCUGUCGCCCGUUUUGAUGGCCUUCCGGAGAACUCGCUAUAUACCCUUUCGAUGGAUACCCCUUCGGCGUGGCUGGUACGCCCGCGGGAAUCACCAUACGAUCUCGAUAACAUCCUGCUCGGUACUCUACCGCAAACAGCUCGAAAUGAAGGGGUGGCCGCAAUAUUCGAGCUCCAAUUUCUCGUGGUAGAGGGUCAUGCCCGAGAGACGCAUUCUCGAUCAGACACCCCACCGCGCGGCGCUCAAGUGCAGAUCGCCGAUAUCAAUAGCUCGAUUGCAUUGGACGAUACUAUGAUUAUGGCGAACCUGGGGUAUUUGCAACUGAAGGCCCAACCGGGGGUUUUCGAAUUCGGACUUCGUCCUGGGAGAACGAGUGAAGUCUAUGAACUCGAAGCCGUUGGCAAUGACGGAUGGGGUGGAAAGAGCAUUAACGAGACCGGUCCAUACCUCACAAUGACAAGCUUUGAAGGUAUGACGAUAUACCCUCGUCUCAAUCGUAAAGCUGGCAUGGAGAAAGCAGAAGUCUUGGAGGAAGUUGCGUCCCCAGGACUUGGAUUGGACCUCGGUGGUAUCCUUGACCCGUUGUACAAGUUUGCUUCAAAGCUCGGUGUCAAUCUCAAGCCUGAAUCGACAGAUGUCACAACCACCAAACCCCAGGCCGAUAUCAACAUUUUCACCGUUGCGUCGGGAUUGUUGUAUGAGCGCUUUGCUCUCAUCAUGACUCUUAGUGUGAUGCGCCACACCAACCAUACCGUCAAGUUCUGGUUUAUCGAAAACUUUCUUUCUCCGUCAUUUCUCGAAAUCAUUCCUAAUGUUGCACAGGAGUAUGGCUUUGACUAUGAGCUCAUCACGUACAAAUGGCCGUCCUGGUUACGCGCUCAGAAAGAGAAGCAACGCGUGAUAUGGGCUUACAAGAUCCUCUUCCUGGACGUGCUCUUCCCGCUUGACCUGAAGAAGGUUAUCUUUGUUGAUGCAGACCAGAUCGUGCGGACAGACUUGAAACAGCUCAUCGACGUUGAUCUUCACGGAGCACCGUAUGGCUACACUCCUAUGGGGAAUGACAGAGAAGACAUGGAAGGCUUCCGCUUCUGGAAGAAGGGCUACUGGAAGGAGCAGCUCCGUGGCAAGCCUUACCACAUCAGUGCAUUAUACGUCAUAGACCUUGUGCGGUUCCGCCAGCUGGCUGCCGGAGACCGUCUUAGAGGACUGUACCAAGGACUGUCCGCAGACCCCAAUUCACUCGCCAAUCUCGAUCAAGAUUUACCCAACAAUUUGCAGCAUGAAAUACCCAUUUAUUCAUUAGAUAAGGACUGGCUAUGGUGCGAGACGUGGUGCAGUGCAGAUCGGUUCAAUAAGGCGAAGACCAUUGAUCUCUGCCAGAAUCCGCUCACAAAAGAGCCCAAGCUCGUUCGCGCCCGGGCGAUUCCCGAAUGGGAAGUGUACGAUUCAGAGAUUGCUGCCCUCACCCGUAGACUAGCCAAGGACGGCAAGAUCCACUGGUCGGCAGCGAUGGCCGAUUCAGACGCCUUGGCAGAAGUGGGGAAAGCGAACGCGGCAGCCGUGGGAGUUGCAGAGGAUGCAGAGGAAACGAACGAACACACCAGCGAAGCCCUGCCAGAAGCGAGCGUCGUUCCUGAGGAGAUGGGUGCGGGACAGUCACAUAGGAUCAAGGAAGAACUGUGAUGUUGUUCUGAACUUCCUAAUCUGCCAAUCGAUAGAAAUCAUUACGGCACACAU